CUCUAUCAGACGAACCGUGCGUUGUUUGAUAACGAACAUACGCUCUCUCUCUCCUUUGAGACCGGCUAUUUUCAUUGAUAAAAUAGGUACAGUACGUAUAUUGCUAAUAAAAGCGCCAGUUGUUGAGUUUUCAGUGCGCUUGGUGCUUAUCGGUAAACUAAUUGGUGAGUUUGUUUUGUAGUUAUUUGAAUAAUUGCAACGACUACCAAAAUGAAUAGGUUGCACUCUAGGACUGAUAAGGGAAAUGCAGAUGAAUGAUGUUCUGUGAUUUCUACACCUUCGUCCUAGCCCUAUUGGGAUUGAUUGUCCUACUCAAUUUCCUCUACAACAAUCUGUGGGGUUUUUUACAAUUGACACAUUCCAUCCUCGCGCCGUAUUUUAUUGUAAACGAGGAAAACACAACAUUGGCUAAAAAAUAUGGUUCAUGGGCAUUGAUCACAGGAAGUACCGAUGGUAUUGGUAAAGCAUAUGCCAUAGAAUUAGCCAAGAGAGGUAUUAAUGUUAUUUUAGUGAGCAGAAGUAAAGAAAAAUUAGAGAACACUGCGAAAGAAAUAGAAUGUCAGUAUUCAGUAAAAACGAAAAUUAUAGCAGCAGAUUUCUCUCUUGGUGAAAAAGCAAUAGAUAUAAUCAAGAAAGAGAUUGGAGGUACAGAAAUAGGUAUUUUAGUGAACAAUGUUGGAAAACAAUACGAUUAUCCCAUGUAUCUGGAAGAGGUUCCAGAACAAGAUCUUUGGGAUAUAAUCAAUAUCAACAUUGGUGCAGUAACUAUGAUGUGUAGAACGUUCGUUAAAGAUAUGAAGAAAAGAGGAAAAGGUGCCAUUGUGAAUGUAUCUUCAGCAUCUGAACUUCAACCAUUGCCUUUGAUGACUGUAUAUGCUGCUACAAAGGCUUACAUCAAAAGUUUCACAGCAUCUCUUCGCUAUGAAUACGGAGAACACGGCUUGACUAUUCAGCAUCUAGGACCUUUCUUCGUGAACACGAAAAUGAACAAAUUCAGUGACAGGUUCCAAAAAAACUCUUUCAUGGUACCCAAUCCCGAUAUGUAUGCCAGAUAUGCUGUGUCUAUCCUUGGCAGACAGGAUAAAUCCACUGGUUACUGGACACACGGUAUACAGAGCUUUCUAACUGAGAUUGCACCAGAAUGGAUCAGAAUGCAUAUUGGGGGUCAAAUGAAUAAACACCUCAGAAACGAAUAUCUAAGUGAACAGAAGAAGAAAAUUUCGUGAAAAUGUUUUUCCUAGUGAAAAGACUCAAGGAUUAUCGAACUCAUGUCAGUGCUUGUUUGCGAAACGUCGACCUAUAAGUGUCAAUUGUUUUUAUUUUGGAAGAAUUUUGAUGGAAAUGCGGUUGAUACCUUAAAUAUAGAAAUUGAACUUUUAUUUCUAGUCUCAAACGUUUCAAAAGUGGUGAUUCAUGUUUUUAUAAUUUAUUGCAAUAUGAUUCGACAGUGGAAAAUUCAACUGGACCCAGUGAUUUGUGAUGUAUCAUAUAUUUUUUUAUUGAUGGAAUGUAUACAGUGAAGAAUUACAUUGUUAUGGAAA